AUGACUACGUCCGCGUAUCACCAGCUUGUUCAAAGUCUUACCAAAGAGCAAAUAUUGAAGAAGUUUGAUGAUAUUGUUCCUCUUAACGAAACCACAGAUACACCCUCUACAGCAAAUUCUACCAACUCAAACGAAGAUAAAGAGCUCUUCAAGGGCCAAGAUGAGGAACAAAUCAAACUCAUGGAGGAAAACUGCAUUGUUCUAGACUACAAUGAUGUUCCUAUUGGAGCAGGUACAAAGAAAACUUGCCAUCUUAUGGCUAAUAUCAAUCAGGGUUUGCUGCACCGAGCAUUUUCUGUGUUCCUAUUCGACCACAACGAGAAACUACUUUUGCAACAGCGUGCUGACGAAAAGAUCACGUUUGCCAACAUGUGGACGAAUACAUGUUGCUCCCAUCCUUUGUGUGUUUCUUCAGAGCUGGGAGCUGACACAAAAGUGAAUGAAGAAUGGUCUUUAGAGAAAGCUGUUCAUGGUGCCAAGGUGGCUGCCCAACGUAAGCUGGAUCAAGAGUUGGGUAUACCAGCAGAAGACAUUCCAUUGAAAAAGUUCAAGUUUUUGACGAGAAUCCACUACAUGUCUCCCAGUGGAGGAGCCGACAGCAAAUGGGGAGAACAUGAGAUUGAUUAUAUUCUGAUAAUAAAGGCAAACCCCCGCUAUACUCCAAAUCCUAAUGAAGUCGGUGACAGUAAAUACGUUUCCAAGGAAGAGUUGAAGGAAAUGUUCAAAGAUUCCUCCCUAGUCUUCACGCCCUGGUUUAAGUUAAUCUGCGAGUCUUACCUUUUCAAGUGGUGGGACAACCUGGACAAUUUAGACCAAUUUAGAAAUGAGACUAUUGAUCGUAUGCUGUAA